AUGUUUCUCUUUAAAAAAAUAUUUCCUUCAAUCAGUAAUAAUACAAGAGAAAUUAGUUUAAGUUUAUCUAAUUACAAAUAUAUAUUGGACCAAACCAAAGUACCAACUUUAAAUGAAAAUGAUAUUGAAGAAAAAUAUGUCAAAGGAAGUGGGCCUGGUGGGUCUGCAGUUAAUAAAAAUUCUAAUUGUGUAAUGUUGAAACACAAACCAACUGGUAUAGUCAUCAAAUGCCAUGAAUCAAGAUGUGUAGAUGAAAAUAGAAAAUUAGCUAGACAAAAACUAAUUUACAGAUUAGAUGAAAUUCAAAAUGGUGUUUAUUCAAUUGAAGCUCAAAAAAAGAUAAUAGAAGAGAAAAAAAGAACUAAAAAAGAAUGGAAGAGAAAAAAAUUAAAUGCAUUAAAAAGUGAUUGGAUACUAAGAGAAAAUAGUUAAUUCUAUUUUUCUAGUGGAUUUAAUACUUUUUUGUAUUUCAUCUAAUAUAUUUUAAUCUAAAUUCAUUUUAUACAUUCUCACUUGUAAUUCAAAAAAAUAUACAACAUAU